GGGCGGGCCUGGAUCUGGGAGUGAAAGCGAAAGCCCAGGCUGCUCGCCGGGAGACCGGAGCGCUACACCUGGAGCAGCAUGGCCAAGCCUUGUGGGGUGCGCCUGAGCGGGGAGGCCAGCAAACAGGUGGAUGUCUUCAGGCAAAAUCUUUUCCAGGAGGCUGAGGAAUUCCUCUACAGUUUCCUGCCACAGAAAAUCAUAUACCUGAAUCAGCUCUUGCAAGAGGACUUCCUCAAUGUGGCUGACCUGACCUCCCUCCGGGCCCCGCUGGACAUCCCCAUCCCAGACCCCCCGCCCAAGGAGGAUGAGAUGGAAACAGAUAAACAGGAGAAGAAGGAAGUCCCUAAGUGCGGCUUUCUUCCUGGGAAUGAGAAGCUCUUAGCUCUGCUCGCUUUGGUUAAGCCGGAAGUCUGGACUCUCAAAGAGAAGUGCAUUCUGGUGAUCACAUGGAUCCAGCAUCUGAUCCCCAAGAUUGAGGAUGGAAAUGAUUUUGGGGUAGCGAUCCAGGAGAAGGUGCUGGAGAGGGUGAAUGCAGUGAAGACCAAAGUGGAAACCUUCCAGACAACCAUUUCCAAGUACUUCUCAGAACGCGGGGAUGCUGUGGCCAAGGCCUCCAAGGAGACCCAUGUUAUGGACUACCGGGCCUUGGUACAUGAGCGAGAUGAGGCAACCUAUGGGGCGCUAAGGGCCAUGGUGCUGGACCUGAGGGCCUUCUAUGCCGAACUUUAUCAUAUCAUCAGCAGCAACCUGGAGAAGAUUGUCAACCCAAAGGGUGAAGAGAAGCCAUCCAUGUACUGAGCCUAGGUCUAGAGGGAAAAUAAAUGACCUGACCUUUGUGUGGAAUUUA